UGGGUGCCGUGUGGUAACCGUUGCGUGCACCGAGUCAUUGAGUUGGUGUGCACUGUAACUACCGUAAUUUCAAUUCACGCGCUAAUCCUUCUCUCUCUCUCUCUCUCUUCCAAAAUUAGCAAGGAUUCAUCAGAGUAAAACUCAACAGAAAACAAAGAGGCGUGACAGAGAGAGAGAUUCAGUUGGAUUCCGUUUUAUUUCCCCCCACCAUCUCCCUAACCAAACUCUCUCUCUCCUCUUUCUCUCUCCUCACACAUUUUCUCACUCCAAUUUCAUAUAAAAUCCCCAAAAACAAAAUCAAAUCCCAAUUCCCCAAUUUUCGAAUUCAGCAACCCCAAAUCUGAAUCUCGAGUUUUGUUCCUUCCAUCGGUUUCGGUUUCGGUUUCCGGUUGUUUUUUCUAAUCCAGAUGGGUUUCAAAUCCCUCUUCUCCCGGAAGAAGAAAUCCAGUCGCGACCCCGCCGCUGCCCACCCGGACGCCGCCUCCGCCUCUGCCCACCCCGCCCCCGCUUCAGCCCACUCGCGAACCCCCUCCUUCCAUUCGCGCGCCCAGAUCGCCGAGCUCGACCAGGUCUUCAAGAAAUUCGACGUCAAUGGCGACGGAAAGAUCUCGUCUUCCGAGCUCGGAGCCAUCAUGAGCAGCCUGGGGCAGCCGUCCUCCGACGAGGAGCUCAAUAGCAUGAUCUCCGAGGUCGAUUCGGACGGCGACGGCUUCAUCAACUUCAAAGAGUUCGUUGAGCUCAACACCAAAGGGGUCGACUCCGCCGAGGCCCUCGAAAAUCUCAAAGACGCUUUCUCCGUCUACGACAUUGAUGGGAACGGGUCUAUUUCGGCGGAGGAAUUGUACGAAGUGCUCCGGAGCUUGGGAGACGAAUGUUCGAUCGACGAAUGCCGGAAGAUGAUCGGCGGCGUCGACAGUGACGGCGACGGUAUGAUCAGUUUCGAGGAGUUUAAGGUCAUGAUGAUGACGGGAUCGCAUUACAUUGAUCCGGCUUCAGGUUGAUCAUCAACGUCAAAUUAAUUGAUGACACUCCCACUUUUUUUGGAUUGAUUCAUCUCAUCUGCGAUUGCCAUAGUUUUUUUUUAUUUUUUAUUUUUGUUCAGUUAAUUGGUAGGAUUUUUAUGAUUAAAUAAGAAUUUGAUCAUAUUAACAUUUUCAUCCUUGUGCUUAAUUCGGAUAUAAUCCCUUUGUUUUUUCCCUUUA